AUGUGCACAAUUAAUGAGCUUUUUACCUUUACUCAAGAAAAUGAUACAGACAAUGACAUUUCAAAUUCUGCGGUUGACCAAGAGAAUAACAAUGAAAUAUGUAAAUGUCAAGAAAGUGAAACAUCAAUUAUAGAAGAACAGCAAGAGCAUGAUGAUGUAGUAACUAAAUGGAUCUUGUGUGAUUUACAGCUCUUUACUGUUGUUGAAUGCAAAGAAUGGCAGGAUAUGAUAAAAAAAGAGCAAUUAAAAUUAGUACUUUCACAAAUUCCUAGAAAAGUAUCAUUUACUUCUAAUAUAUGGACAGCAUCCAAUGGUGCUAUGUUUCUUAGUUUAACAAUCCAUUAUGUUAAUUAUUUUUGGAAAUUAAAUAGUUUCCUUUUAGACAUAAUCCUAAUAGAAUACAAAAAUAAUACCAGUUUUUCAAAAUCUCAAGUGGCCGAUGCGAUGUAUCAGAAAUUGAAAAACUACUGGUCAAUACUUGAUGCAUUAUCUCAAAUAUCAGCAUUUCUUGAUUCUCAGUAUCUUGCAAUACCCUUACUUAGUAAUGUGGAUCCUCUGUGUUGGUGGCAAACACAACAUCUUGAAUAUCCAACUCUAAGUAUUAUCACCUGUAAUUAUUUGCCAAUUCAAGCAACAAGCGUCGCCUCAGAACAAGCUUUUUCAAUUGCUGGUAAAACAAUUACAGAUGAAAGGAACAAGCUGGAUGAAAAGACGACCAGAGCAAUUCUUUAUUUGAAGCUUUGCUUAUUACAACAUUGA